AUGGACACGGAGCUUCACGUGGCUGUUCUUGCGUUCCCGUUCGGCAUACACGCCGCUCCCCUCCUAGCGUUUGUCCGGCGUCUGGCCGAGGCUGCGCCAAACGUAACCUUCUCCUUCCACAGCACCGCCACUUCAAACGCGAGACUAUUCUCAUCGGAACCCAAUAACAGAAUCAAGUCGUUUGAUGUCUCUGAUGGAGUACCGAAAGAUUACGUUUUUUCCGGAGGGAAACAGGAGUGCAUGAAUAUGUUCUUCUCCGCGGCCUAUACAAGCUUCUCGGAAGCUAUUACGGCUGCGGAAAAAGAAAUAGGGAUUAAAGUAAGUUGCUUGAUAACAGAUGCUUUUCUGGGGUUUUCUGCAGAUUUGGCCGCGGAAACUGGCGUUCCUUGGGUUCCUUAUUGGACGUCCGCGGCGUGCGCUCUCUCGACGCAUUUUCGCACGGAUUUGAUUAGAGAAAGGAUUGGUAAAGAAGUGGGUAAUGUUAACGUCGACGAAUCGUUGAAUUUCAUCCCUGGAAUGUCGAAAGUAAAGAUUGAUGAUUUACCAGAAGGGAUUAUAUCAGGUGACUUGACCAUUCCGUUUUUCGAAUUGCUCCGGGAAAUGGGGUUGAAGCUUCCGAACGCAGCCGCAGUCGUCGUGAAUACCUUCGAAGAGUUGGAGCCUGAGGUUACGUUUGAUCUCAAAUCCAACCUAAAAAAAUUCCUCUGCGUCGGGCCGGCCAACCUUGUCCAACCCAUUGUCAAUUUAUCCGACGAGAGCGGAUGUCUUCAAUGGUUGGACGGUUUUGGGCCUGCAUCAGUCUGCUACACAGUGUUUGGUCCCAUAGUUAGGCUCUCGCCGGAGGAGAUAGUUGCAUUGGCGGAAGCGUUGGAGGAAACCCAAUUCCCGUUUCUCUGGUUAAUCAAGGACGAAGCGAAACGGUUCUUACCAAAAGGGUUUCUGGAAAGGACAAAGGAAAAAGGGAAACUUGUUUCGUGGGCGCCGCAAGAGCAAGUUCUCAACCAUGCAUCGGUCGGAGCGUUCUUGACGCAUUGUGUGUGGAGCUCGAUAAAUGAGGGGAUAGUUGGCGGGGUGCCCUUAAUUUGUAGGCCAUUCAUUGGGGACCAGAAUCUGAACAGCAGGAUGGUGGAGAGUGUUUGGGAAAUCGGAUUGAAGAUUCCGACCGGAAAAAUUACAAAAGGUGGCGCGGUCGCUGCGUUGAAGAGGGUUUUGUCGUCGGAAGAUGGCGUUCAAAUGCGAGAGAACGCUCGACGCUUAAGGGAAGUGGCUAUUAAGGCUGUUGAGCCAGAUGGGAGUUCAACUGCAAAUUUCAAAAGUGUAGUGAAGAUUAUCACUAAUAAUGAUAAUUAG